GCUUCAUGUGGGCGCGAUGACCCCAGAUGCUCUGGGGGAUGUCGUAAGCUUCGGCUCUGCCACAGUGGUAUCUUCACGUGUCAUCCUGCUUCCGUGGGGCGUGGCCCAGGCGCCACCCACGGCCAGAAGAGAAGCCGUGGGCUCCACCCAGGCUUACUAAGAACCAUUUCCUUUCGGGCAUCUUUUCCCUGAGACCCUGGGGUCCUCUAGGAUUACAGCCGGCUCAUCUCACUAGGUCUCAGUUUCCUUGAAUAAUUUCCAGAACCAGCGAUUACUGCGCUACGCACACUCAGUGAUGCAGUGAGUGGUCUGGAGAGCUGAGAGGCAUAGCAUUCUCGCCCUCUCUGGUUCACCACCCAUGCUAGGCCAGUCAAGGCCACGACUUAGAGCCCUGCCUCGCACAGCGGCCUGGAUUUCUCAGCACACAGAGCGUCCUCUCCCAGAAGCGAUGGGUCGUCUAAUGCUGACUCUCGUGCUCUGUGCAUUGCUUGCACAGGUGACCGAAGGUAGCUGGGGAAUCAAAAGAUGCUGGAAGAACGACGUAGGACAUUGCCGAAGACGAUGCUUGGAUGACGAAAGGUACAUACGUCUCUGCAGGAACAAGCUGUCGUGCUGCAUCUCCUUAACACUUUCAUAUGACAUCACUCGAAGGCCACCGCCGCCCGUGAUCAACAUAGAGGGUUUCACAGAUUCUUUUGAUGAGGAUCAAUUUUCUGCUUCGCCGGUAUCAAGGCUGAGUGAUGAGGUGACGUUUUUUGGAACUCCAGAGACCAGGGCUCCCACUUCUCAGACAGUUACUACUGAGCACACGACACCAGGUGUACUGGCAAAUAGUGCUGGGAGUGGAAGUAGUCUUCAGGGAGCUAACGCUACCAGCGCGAUUCCGCGGGGAAGGCUCCACUGGAGACAGGAUAACCACGGGGAUGGAUAGUCCCGCCGCCGCCGAGACAAGAGCCACGGCAGUAACCAGAUUUCUGGAAAUACCUAAGGAGAAACAUACGUAAGAUACGUAAAUACUCUGUACUGGGCCUGGAGUCUGUUCUGGUGGAUUAAAAUGUAGAGCCAACUUUGGUCUCAAGUGAACAUAUGUGUGUCUAUUUUUCUGUGUCAAAAAAAGAAAUUGAGGACCACUGUUUGGAGCUGCCUGUGAUGACGGAGACAAGGAUUUUGACUCUGGUAAUCCCUGACCUGCUGUUCUCAUGCAGAGAAAGGCACAGAGAGCAAGCUCCAGACAGCGCGGCCUCCUCACAUACCCCACACGCUGUGUUAUUUUAAAGAUUUAUUUAUUUAUGUGAAAGUCAGAGUUACACAGAGAGAGAAGGAGAGGCUGAGAGACAGAGAGAGAGAGAGAGAGAGAGAGAGAGAGAGAGAGAGAGAAGUCUUCCAUCCGCUGGUUCACUCCCCAGUUGGUUGCAACAGCUGAGGCUGCACUGAUCUGAAGCCAGGAGCCAGGAGCUUCCUCCAGGUCUCCCAUGUGGUUGCAGGGGCCCAAGCACCUAGGCCAUCUUCUACUGCUUUCCCAGGCCAUAGCAGAGCUGGCUCGGAAGUGGAGCAGCCAGGACUAGAACCAGUGCCCAUAUGGGAUGCCAGUGCUGCAGGCAGAGGAUUAACCUAUUGUACUACGGCGCCGGCCCCUUUCCUUCUGAAUCAAUUGCAUAUUAAUAGCCCGUCACCCCCUCUAUGCUGUGCGUGUGGAGCGUGACUCGGUCUUGCUUGUUGCUGCAUCUCAAGCCAUUAGACCAGUAUCUUCCACAUGAUAAGUGCACAGUAAAAUACGGGAGCCAGGUUUUCACACGGUUAUCCCAUCAGGUAUGAGAAGGUGACACAGCAUAAAGCAGUAGCCUGCAAAUGUGCUACUGGCUACAAAAACACUUCCCAAGUCACUCACACUGGUAGUUUAAAGGAAUCAGCUUGCAGACCUUCAACUUCCAAAUUUCUCACGACGCUCUGAGUGUUCCUUAACAUUUUUUAAGAAUUAUUUUGGUAUAGUUAUAUCAUAUGCUAAUGCGAUGCAUGUAUACGCUGUGGAAUGAUCAGCCCAUGGUGAUUAGCACUCCCGUGUCCUCAAACGUUUGUUGUUUAUAUAUUAGGAAACUUCAGGCUCUUCCAGUGGUUUUGGAAUAUUUUUCUACCAUCGACUUUAGAACUCUUCUUCUCCCACUCUGGAAAGUGCAUCUGCCUCUAACUCAUCCUUUGUCGGAUCAACACUCAUUGUCCUGAGCGUAUCCAGAGGCCAAGUCAGUAGGCGCUUGAAAUACGGGGACUGAUGCUGAGGAAGUGAACGGUCAUAAAAAUUCUUCAGGAAUUAAAGAGCUCUAAUUUUUGUGUUUGUGAAGGCAGUGAUGGAAGUGCGGAUCAAACUGAAGGUGGACAGAUCCAUGAAAACAGACUUUCAUUCCCCCUCAUGUGGGAUUUGGGGCACAGAACUCGGGAGGCCUUACCAGACCUGGGUGACUGAACUAUUGCUGUCUUAUAUCCAGCUUCUGUUGAUCCGUAUCGUGGGUGCCCAGUCCUCCAGCUUGUCCCCUACUUACUUAUGUGAAUAAGAUUCUAGUACUUACAUUUUCAAAAGUUAAAACUGGGAAGCAAGUGGGUGCUGAUCUUCAUUCUGUAAGAGAUGCGAUUCUUCCACAUGUACAUAAACUAAUAGGAAGCACUACCUACUUACUGAAAGAAUUAUAAACGUCGGGAAGGAGCUAGCCCAUCCGUGUAAAUCGUAUGCUAAAACAACGCAACCUUUUUAAGAAGCCUCGUUGGAACAGAGGCCAGAGGAAUGCACCAGACAGUAAGCAGCCGGUAGCUUGUGUGAAAACACGGCAACUCCAAAUGCCUUCUCACCGCACUGGCGGACGUCCUGGUCAUAUGCAGAGCACGGCAGUUUUUCGGGGGUCCCCACAUGUUCUAGAAAGUGUAGGUUGCUAUCACUGUCAGAACGUAAAGCAGCCGUGCUGGCCUCUCCCACCUGUCAGCGAAGCUCCUGUGUCCUCCUCAUCUUUAGUCUGCUCCCUUCCUGGACGGUGGCGCCCACGCACACUGCCCCUCCUGGAGCUCGGUGACGCCAGCCCUCGGCAUGCACCUGCAGGCUGCCAGCACAGUCGGCUCUGGACGUUCCACGACGAAGGGUCGGUAGCUUCGCCCUGCGUAGGUGCCGCCUCUCUGGGAGGACUCCGUGUGCUCUCUGAGAUCUCCUGAGACAUAAAUGCACUCUUGGAAUCCUUGUUUCUCUGGUCCUUAUUACAUUGCACUCCGGCAGGAUGAUAGUUUGAGGGCAGCAAUAUGCUCAUAUGAACUUCUCCAAACCUCCCAGACACACGGAUGUGAAACGUGACACAAUAUUAAGAAUGAUAUGGGGCUGGCGCUGUGGUGUAGCAGGUAAAGCCGCCGCCUACUGUGCCAGCAUCCCAUACGGGCACUGGUUCAAGCCCCCAGAGCUGCUAUGGCCUGGGAAAGCAGCAGAAGACGGCCUAAGUCCUUGGGCCCCUGCACCCAUGUGGAGGACCCGGAAGAAGCUCUUGGCUCCUGGCUUCAGAUUGGCUCAGCUCCAGCCGUUGUGGUCAUUUGGGAAGUGAACCAGUAGAUAGAUGGAAGACCUCUCUCUGUGUCUCUACCUCUCUCUUCCUCUCUCUCUCUCUCUCUCUCUCCCUCUCCUUCUGCCUGUGUGUAACUCUUCCUUUUAAAUAAAUAAAUAGAUCUUUCAAAAAAAGAAUAUUUCAGCUGUGUUUUGGGUGGGGGCUUCUGGUAGGGAUCCUUAGAAGGAGAGAUGAGGAGACCCAAAGAUUCAAGUGGUGGGCACCCACCUGUCUUGGCUUUCUGCUUCCUUCUGCCUGGGACGUGGUUAUAGUGCUGCAGGCAGUGCUGCAUCUGUAGCAGUCAGGCAACAGGAGCGUGAAGAGCAUGUGAGCCCAGGCCCGAGCUGAGGGCCUGAGAUGCCAGCGUCCCCUAUGGGUGCCGGUUCCUGUCCCGGCUCCUCCACUUCCAAUCCAGCUCCCUGCUAAGGUGUCUGGGAAAAGCAGAAGCUGGCCCGAGUGUUUGGCCCCCUGCCAUCAUGUUGGAGACCCAGAUGAGGCUCCUGGCUCCUGGCUUCAGCCUGGUUUGGCCCUGGCCAAUACAGCCACUUGCAGAGUGGACCAGCAGUUGGAAAAGCUCUCUCUGUGUCUCUCCCCCUCUCUCUG